CCCGUUGCCCGCUGCCCUCGGCCCGCCAUGCUGUUCCGCUUCGGCGUGGUGCUGCCGGCCCGCAUAGCAGAGGGCGGAGGCGCGCUGCUCGUGGCCGGCUCCCGGCCAGAACUGGGCGAGUGGGACCCGCAGCGCGCCGUGCCCAUGCAGCCGGCACGGCCGGCCGCGGCGCUGGCGGCCCAGGAGCCCGUUCUGUGGCUGGGGGAGGUGCUGCUGUCGGACGAGGACACCGCCAGCCCCUUCUGGUACAAGUUCCUGCGGCGGGAGGGCGGCCAGCUGCUCUGGGAAGGUAAUGGGCCCCAUCAUGAUCGAAGUUGUGUUUACAACCAGAGCAACAUAGUUGAUGGUGUUUACUGCCUCCCAAUAGCACACUGGAUUGAAGUCUCUGGACAUACUGAUGAGAUGAAACAUACAACUGACUUCUAUUUUAAUAUUGCAGGACAUCAGGCUAUCCAUUACUCAAGAAUUCUGCCAAACAUCUGGCUGGGAAGUUGCCCUCGGCAGCUGGAGCAUGUGACGGUCAAGCUAAAGCACGAGCUGGGUGUCACAGCAGUGAUGAACUUCCAGACCGAAUGGGACAUUGUUCAGAACUCCUGGGGCUGCAAUCGCUACCCAGAACCUAUGAGCCCCGAAGUCCUCAUGAGACUGUACAAAGAGGAAGGUCUUGCCUAUGUCUGGAUGCCAACCCCAGACAUGAGCACUGAAGGAAGAAUACAGAUGUUGCCACAGGCUGUCUGCCUCCUGCAUGGGCUGCUGCAGAAUGGACACACCGUCUACGUUCAUUGCAAUGCUGGCGUUGGCAGAUCUACGGCUGCUGUCAGCGGCUGGCUGAAGUAUGUGAUGGGAUGGAGCCUUCGGAAGGUGCAGUACUUCUUGGCUUCCAGGAGGCCGGCUGUCUACAUAGAUGAGGAAGCUCUGAUUCGUGCUGAAGAUGAUUUCUUCCAGAAAUUUGGACCUCUUCGUUCCUCAUGUAAAGUGGAAGAGUAGAAAAGCAGAAGAGGAAAAGGAAGGUGAAGAGCGAUCCUUACAUGUGAAUCCCAGCAAUUAAGAAAUCAUGAAUCAGACUUCUGCCUCUCCUCAUCAGAUUGCACACUUGUCAUAACAGCCCUGAGAAUUUUGUUAAGAAGUGCCUUUGAGUGUUUUUCAUUUGCAUUCUUUAAGGUGAUAUGAUUCAUGUUUUUAAGCCGUUUGCUGCAAGUACAAGACCCGAAGCUCUGCGAAAGGAGACUAAGAUUCUAUUUUAACUAUUUGCCUAUAGGAACUGAGUGUUAGGGUAGACAUAAUAAGGCAAGACUUGAAAUAAAAUAGAUACUGUUGGCAGUAUUUUAGUGACAAGAAAGGGAAGAUGUUCUCAGAAAAACAGGUGUAAGGUUGACUGCGUUAUGGUUCAGAUUUGGAUGGAGCUGAGGAUAGUCAAAGCUGCUCAGUUGUUUUAGAGUGUACCUUAUUAAAGUAUUUUUCAGUAAUUUUGUAGAAAAAUGGUUUUAAUGCGAAAGACCAGAAACUGACUUCAUCUGAGUUUCUUGAGCAAAAAGCUAAUAUCAAUUGCAGUCAACUAAGUUUUUAUUUUUUUGCCUACGUGGUUAAUGUUAAAUAUUUUAAAAGCUCCCAGCCCUGCUUGGGUAAAACCAGUUUGCUGUAGGAUAGGUCCAAGAUUGACCAAGGGAGGAAAAACAUUCUCUAGGGAACAGAGGAUGAAGGAUACAUAAACAUUAGGAAACUAAUUUCUAUAUAUUUAUUCUUUAAUGAAGUCUUUUCUUUUUUUCACAGCCAACUGACUUGUCCCUGUAAAGACCCAAUCAGUGCCAGAGUAACAUAACUGAUAAAAUUAGUUUAUCUGAAUAUUUAAUAUAGAAAUGGGUAUGAACUGUUCAUGGAGAAAGUCCAGCAUAAUGCAAUAUGAUGUUUUAUUUAUCUCCUCUUUAAUUAUCUUCAAAAGAAAAAUGGCAAUUUUUAUUUAUUCUAAAUGUGUGGUUUUGAUCAUGACUUCGUUUCUGGUUUAUUUCUUUGUUUUUGCUUUGAAGUAACACUGCCUGUUUGGAUAUGAUCUGUUAAUGGAGAAUGCCCAGCAUAAUACAGUAUGUUUUAUUUAUCUUCUAUUUCAGUAGUCUUCAAAAGGAAAAAAAUGUUUAAGUUAUUCUAUAUGAGUAGUUUUGAUCCUGAUUUAUUGUGGGGUUUUUGUUUUUUUUUUUUACAUUUUUUUGUUUGCUUGUUUGGUUUUGGUUUUGCUUUGCAAUAACAGUGCCUGUUUAGAAAGUGGAUGAGAAAAGUUCACAAAUUAAAUAACAUUAUGGUGAUUCCAGUGGUC